CGGAGGGCUUCCCUGGCGGGGGGGUGGGGGCUGCCGGUUCCUGAGCAGCCGAAGAAGCGGGAGGCGGCUUCCGGGGAGGAGCCAAGAUGGCGACGGAAGCGGUGGUGCGAAUCCAGAGCGACUGGGACCAGGUGUUGAGGAAGAACGAGGGGGAAGCCUGGCUGAGCUGCAGGAGCCCAGGAAAAUCUACUUUGUACGGGACUCUGACUUGUCAGGGGGUUGGCUCAGAUGGAAUUCCUGAAAUCACGGCCUCUGAAGGGUUUAUUGUAAAAGAAAUAACAAAGAAAAGUCUGCUUGUCUCUUGCCCUCGUGAAAAUGCCUCCACCAGAUUUCGGGCCCCCUACACAGCCUUUUGUCGAAUCCACCAGAAAAGCGUCACCUGUCUUGACAUUUCCAGCGGUGGUGGGCUUGGAGUAUCAACCAGCUCUGACGGGACUAUGAAAAUCUGGCAGGCUGCUAAUGGAGAAAUCCGAAGACGAUUGGAAGGCCACGUGUACGACGUGAACUGCUGCAAGUUUUUCCCUUCCGGCAUUGUGGUCCUAAGCGGCGGAAUGGAUGCCCAGCUGAAAAUCUGGUCAGCGGAAAACGGCAGCUGCGUUGCAACCUUUCAAGGUCACAAAGCAGGAAUCCUGGACUUGGCCAUUGUGGAUCGAGGAAGGAACGUGGUCUCCAGCAGCCGGGACGGCACUGCCCGCCUCUGGGAUUGUGGGAGAUCCGCUUGCCUGGGGAUCGUGGCAGACUGCGGCUCCCCCAUCAACGGGAUUGCCUUGGGGGACUCAGACAACACCGUAAAUCUGGGAUCUCUGGAAACAAUGCCUAGUGAACGGGAAGUGGGAACGGAGGGGAAGCUGCUGCUGCUGGCGCGGGAAGACAAGAAGUUUCAGGGGAUCGGGCUGCAAACUCGGCAGCCGGUCUUCCUCUUCAUUGGCUCCGAUGCAUUCAAUUGCUGUACAUUCCUCUCUAGCGUCUACCUCCUGGCAGGGGCUCAGGACGGGAACAUAUAUCAGCUGGACAUCAGAAAUACCAAGGCUCCUGUUCGGGUCAUUCAAAGAUCUGGGGCCCCAGUGCUUUCCCUGCUGCCGUACAAAGAUGGAUUUAUUGCCAGCCAAGGUGACGGAACCUGUUUCAUUAUACAGCAAGAUCUCGACCACAUCAUAGAGUUCACUGGUGCAGACUGUGACCCUGUUUACAAGGUGGCUACCUGGGAGAAGCAGAUCUACACCUGUUGCCGGGAUGGUUUGGUGAGGAGGUACCAUCUUUCGGACCUCUAACUGGAUCGGAGCCGCCAGUCCUGGACCGCAAACAUCGGAUGAUGAACGCAGGAUAUAGUUCGGGGACUGCACGAAAAAACGCUUUUUGUGAGAAGAGACGCCAGUGCCACGUAUCCAGCUCCUUGCGCAGUAAUGUGAACAGAACGCACAGGUGUGUGCGAGGCCCAGCAGCCACGUCAAGAGAAAAAUCCUCGGCUAACUACCUGGGAAGGAGACCUGAAUAACAAAAACGGGUUUGGAAGUUUGCGCCAAUCUGUUGUCCGUGUGCAGCUCAGCAAGAGGGUUGGCACUUAAGGUCCCUUUUUAGAAUCGGCAAAAGUUUGCUUGCUUAUCCAUCUUGCGACCUUGUCUGUUCCUAGAGGUGGAAAGUUGAAGCCAGCAAUCCUCAAUAAAGGGAUGCUUUUAGUAAA